AUGGCAAUGCAACUGCGUGCAGGCUCCUUUAAGGAAGAGGGCCCUUCUGAUUUUGUUUUUAGAUCAUUCUUGGGAAAGUUUCCAUUUGCCAAUUUGACAGUGAAGGCAAUAGAAGCUGUAGCAGCAGACAUUGAUAACUAUCUGCCAAAACCUUAUGCAGGAGAAAUGAGAGGUAUAGCAAAGGCUCUUAAUAUGGACCUUGGGGGCAUUGUGGGAAUGAACAUUCUAUACGAUGUGACAGCGUUUUGUACGAGCAUUGUUACCCAAGAUGCAAAUGGACAGAUCUGGCACUCUCGUAAUCUUGACUACACCUUUGUUAACAUGCUGCGAAAUAUUACAAUACAAGUGGACUUCAUAAAAAAUAAUCAGACAGUGUACAGCGGUGUGACCUACGCUGGGUAUGUUGGGUUAAUUACCGGAAUGCGGCCAAAAGCCUUUACCAUGACUCUAGAUGAAAGAGAUCAGGGAGCUUGGUGGGAGAAUUUUAUUAUUGGUUUACUAGACAGAAGAGCCAUGCCUAUCAGUUUCUUAAUGCGAGAUACCUUUGCCGAGUGUACUAAUUUUAAGGAUGCUGUAGAUAAAAUGGCCUACACUACCACCGAGGCGUCAGGCUACAUCAUUGUGGGUGGGGUACAGAAGGGAGAGGGAAUGGUUAUCACCAAGGGGAGGAUCGGUCCUGUAGAUUUGUGGAAACUGGACCCCAAUAAUGGAAGAUGGUUUGAAGUGGAAACUAAUUAUGAUCACUGGGUUCCCCCUCCAAGCAGUGAUAACAGAAGAGACCCAGCAGUUAACCUGAUGAAUAAAAUAGGACCCAAAAAUAUCACCGUGGAAACUCUCAUGUCUGUGAUGUCACUUCCUCCUGUGCUCAACAAUAAAACCACAUACACCAUUGUGAUGUCUGCAGCUAAACCCGAGCUGACGGUGGUAUAUGUUCGUCACUACAAAGGCUAA